GAAGGACGUGUCUGAUUCGAUCCUGCCAAUUGAUCGCUUGAAACUUGUUUAUUUUGUUUUUUUUCCCUCUCUGGCUCUUUCCGUGCCUUGAGUUUGAAUGUGCGGAAGCUGCUCAUUGAAAGUUUUUUUUGAGGAUUGUACAUGCGUCAGCUUGUGUUUGUGGCUCUAGUCUGCAGAGUUGACGUUUGUGUGUGUGUGUUGGCUGGAGUGUGAGUUGAAACGGUCCUCUUCACUACCUCAGGACCAGAGAGCGCUCAGGAGCGCAGAAAUGGUGAGAUUCUCCGCAACUGUGUGAGAGAUUAUCUCUGACUAGCCCUGGGCUAUUGGUAGUGACAUGCCAUGCACUGAUCAUUGCAAGGGCUGGUUCAACGUAAGUACAUCAGCGAUGGAGGAAUACCAGACUCUAGCGUAUGAUACCGCCUUGAGCACAUUAGUGGCGGUGCUGGUCUACGUGCUGCUCAAAGUGAGUGUAGACGGUUACCGGCAGUGGCGAGCCCGGGUCAAGGUGCUGAUCGUGGGCUCGGGUCCUGUAGGGUUGACCGCCGCUCUCAUCGCCGCCCGCUCCGGAAAAGUGCAGCGCCUGGUGCUGCUGGAGGAGCGCGGCCGCACCGCUCUGCUGGCCCGACCCCAGCAGAUUGCCCUGGACCCCUGCAGCGUCCGCUUCCUACUCGAGCUCGACGUCGAUUUUGACAACAUGGAAGGGUGCUGGCACAACGAGCACUUCUUCACCAAGGUCGGGGUCUUCCAGGAAUACCUGCUGAGCCUCCUGGAGAAGAAGAAACAGGAGAUGGACAUCCAGAUCUUGCUGGGGACCAAGUUCACUGAGGAAUACCUGAAGAAGAUCCCAACGUGUGAGCUGCCCCGUGUGAUUGUGGUUUGUGAUGGUUCCUGUGGUGGUUCAAGCUCUGUACUUGGAGUCAGCUCAGACUACAUUGUGGAGUCCUGCAACGCUUAUGGUGCUAAUGCAGCCAUAGAGAGAGCAGACCAGCGACAGGUCCCCACUCCAGAGAUCCGUGCUCACAGUUUGUACUUUGACCUAUCUGCUUAUGGGGUGGAGUUCUCCUCCAACAACAAGGAAGGCUCAGAGUCCUCCACUUUGAGGCCAGGCUCUCACCUAAAGAUCUAUGGCACUUUCCGCAACCGCUAUAUGGCUCUUGCUUGCCCAAUGUCGGACUCUAAAGUAGUUAAAUUUCUCCGUCACACACCUAACUCAUCGAUAAUGAGGAAUAUAUUCCAUCAAUCAUUCAAUGCGUACAAAACCGAUAUAGAACCCAGGGUGAAUGACUUGACAAUCCACCUCCUGCAGUGCAGCCGAAGACUAUUUGAGAUCAUGCUGUCACAUAGAAGGGUCACAGCAGCCUACAUCGAAGGAGAUAAUGUUGCAGUCACCAUAGAGGGAGAAGCAGCUAGAGUCUUAAACUUUGAUACAGGUUGUGGAGUGAACCUUGGAUUGAAAGGCUUGGAGUCCUUGGAUGAAUUUAUUCAUAAAAUGGCAACAGCAGUUGACCAAAGUGAUGUUUUCGAAGCACUCUCUGAAAAGAUAAGACACUCAAAACAAAUUGCGGAGGAUUUCCGCCUGAAUGGCUUGACUGCGACCAUGUUUCAGUGAGACAGCAGGGAGGAACAUGGCCGUGGAGAUGUUACAACUGCCAGCAUGGAUCAAGAAUGAGCAACAUGCAAGAAACUUUUGAGCUUGUCGUCCUAUAGCUCGUGAAAGAUUGUCGACAGAAGCAGUCAGAGUAAAGUGGGUAGGCUUUGGCCAAAGUGUAAUGAAGCUUAGAGGCUUCAUUUUGGGUUAAAAGCACAAAGCUAAGAAUAUAACUGGACACCCAGAAAGUUAUUCACAUUUACAUCUAGUUGCAGGAGAGCAUCGAUUGUGAAGUGCUUUAACCUAAAAUUUUCAGAGUUUACAUUAUAAUGUUACUUGCUAAUAAAAAGAUUCUCUAGACCUGGAGGUUGGUUCCCUAAUGAUUAGUUCGUGAAAAGCUCAUCCAUGUGAGGGUUUCUGAAUCUCAUUUUCUGGUACUCAUGAAUUGGAUCAAUCAGUAAUAGCCGUCAACUUUUCCUCAAAAUCCAUAAACCUCAAUGUUUUAUUUGCAAGGUCCUGCAGUCUAUUUGUAAGACAUUGAGGUGUCCAGAGACUUAGUAUUCCAAGAUGUACGUCUACGGCAUAUCCUCAAGAAAAUCCAUCAUGUAGAGUCUAAUGGGUUGACAAUGCUGAUUGAGGUUACUCAGUUUUAUGUUGUAUUAGACUAGAGGAUAUAAGAAAUAAGAAUCAUGGGAUAAUUGUGUGAUUGAGAGCAUGGGGUCUGCAUGUUAUGUAUUAGGAUAAACUAGUUGAUGUGCUUCUAUUUAUUCAAGAGGACCCCAUGUGCUAGAAUAAGGUGAAUACUCAUGAGAUAUGUACCAUCAACAUGCUUCAAAGCACAACACCAAGAGCUUACAUUUGUAUCGGACUUGUAUUAUAAAAUGUCCUCAGACAUUUUUGCAGGUGUAAUGAAAAAUAAACUCCAAGUCAAAGAAAUAAUGGAAACUUUGGCGGGAAAUCUAUGUUUUAGAAUGGGAAGGGGUAAAGGGUAUAAAGAGUUCAUUCCAGUUUAGGCAGCAGAACAGGUGCUGUCAACAACAGGGCAAAAGAAGAGGAGAAUGGACAAAAACCCAGUUUUAGGAGGAUGGUGGGAUAUCAGAAGGGGCUUUGAAAGGCUGGCAGAGGCAGUGGUUAGGUUUGGGGCUAGGACAACAAUGCUAUAACUUGAACACUAGGAUCCGAACUUAAAACUGAGGCAUGGGAGUCUCUACAGGACAGUGAGAAUAGGAACGGUGAUCCAGGACAUGGAUAGCCGAGUUUCAAGAGUGUGGAAGUGGGAUGAUGACCAGGAAAGCAUUAGAACCGUAGAGUCUAUAAGAAACAAAAGUGUGGAUAAGUGUUUCAACAGAUGAUGGACUGUGACAACUCAUAGCAGGUGGUAGAAGUAAGUCAUCUUUUGUGUUGGAGAAGGGAUUUCCCCACAGUUCUCAAGCGUUCAUUGUGGUUCAUACCUCAUUAGAUCAAAGUGUUUGGGGAAAAGUGUAUCUUCGCCAUACAGCCAGCAGCAGCUCAAAAAACCUGUUCUCACGAUACGUUCUCAGGAGCAAUGAAUACUCAAUUUACAAAAAAAAAAAUGGUCACAAGAUUAAAACUCAGCUGAGACCAGGAUUUCAAGGUGGCAAAUGGUCCAGUUCAGCACAAGAUGGUGGCCAGGGUAUAAAGCUUGCAGCAGAUGUUCAAGGCGUUGGUUUUUCCAACAGGUACGAGAAUCAAGGAGAAAAGUCGGAUCACUAUUUAAGUGGGAAAGGGGCCAAGGAUGCAUAAGGCGGGACAUGAAUGGAGUUCCGAGAGGGGACAAAGAAAUGUCCUUAUUCAGGGCUGGAAUAGGAGCAGGCCUCAAGGGAGGUUUGACGUGAUAGGGAAAGAAAUCAGUAAAAACAUCAGAAUGGAUGGAUUGGAGAGUGCGGGUUGCAAGUUCUUCGUUUGUUGAAGGAAAAUGUUGGUAGUGAGGGGAAGUUGAAAAUAAGGGUAUUCUUUGUGAUUAGUUUUUAUGUUAAUGACUCAACUCUGUGGUGGGAAAGAUCUCAUUUAUUCUCCAGCACAAUGUCACCACAUUCCACCUCCAUAACAUUGCUACCCCACACAAAAUCAGGCCCAGUCUUCUCGUCCAGUUUUAUUUUCAGGCAGAGCUCAACAUUUUUUGUCAGGAGAUUCCAAACAAGGCUACAUGAAGUGUGGAGCCAUUUUUAAAAUAUCUGAUAGUUCCUUGUAGUGCAGAGUAGAUGCAGGAAGACAAACCUAGCCAUCCCCUACCAUUUCUCACAGCAGUCAGUUGCCUCUAUUCUGUGUGAUGUUACACCUUGAGCAUCACAGAUAUCACAGCUUUUGUGAAAGGAUAAGUGUAGAGUUGGUGUACCAGCUGGAUAGGAUGCCAGGAAAGUACAGAGUCUGAUGUGUGGAUUUCCAUAAGGUUAGGUGACCAAGUAGUUGAUCAUGUGUGAGAUGACGAUGAGAAGAUAGAUAUUAGAUUUGGCUUUGAUCUAAUGCUAUUGGAGUUGGGUUGGAUCCUCUGAUAGUGCAGGAUGCCCCAAUUCAGGGAGAUGUAGGUUUCUAGGAGAGGUAUAAUUGGGGUGAUUAUGGAAGGUUUGGGGGCGUGGGUUCAAUUUAAUGAUUAUUUUAAAGUUAUACCAAGUUUUCAAUAGUCCAGCCUUUCCUGAGGAACUAUGUGCAUAACUGUGGAGGAGCCCUGUGAAUUCUGUGAUUGCAUGGAAUACUUUUAAAGUAUUCAUUUCAUUUCAAGAUUUGCCUUAGGAAUCAUAAUUCUCUGGGCAAUUCUCCUGGAGCCUGCAACAUUGGGGAUUUCAUGGGAUCCCAAUGAGCAAUUUCCAUCUACACUGCAGAUUGGAAAACUGAGGUCAGUAUCCGCUUCAGGAUGCGCUUGGAGCCGUGGAAUAUUUAGACAGAGGGAUAGUGAGUGUAAUAUUGUUUGAUGUGCCUGAUCUGAUGAUGAGUCGGCUUAAACUAAUACAGCAUUUAGAAAAUAGGUUCAAACAUUAGCCCCUUCAAACCUGCUCCACUAUUUAGUAUGUUCAUCCAUCUUCUCGAUUUCACCCCACACACUCACUUUGUUACCUUUGGAUCUGAGAGCUAUACCUAACUCUUAGAAAACGUGCAAUGUUUUGGUCUCUACUAGUCUGUGUGGCAAAGAACUCCACAGACUAACCAUUCUCUGGGUGAAGACAUUUCUCCUCCUCUCAGCCUGAAAUGGUCUACCCUACAUCUUUUGAUAGUGACCCCUAGCUCUGGACUCCAUGGCCAUCAGGAACAUCCUUUCUGUAUUUACUUUGUCUGGUCCUGUUAGAAGUUUGAUAGGGCUUUUAUGAGAUCCCUCCUCAUUCUUUUAAACUCCAGGAAAUACAGUCCUAACUGAUUCAGUCACUUCAUUCAUCAUGUGCCAGCACCAAAUGAAGUGAUACUGAGUGCGUGAACGUAGGUACCAAGCCAGUGAUGUUGGCCAAGCUUGGACAAAAUAAACAUUUUGAGCACGUGGUUGGGAAUGGAUGAUGAAAUACAGCAGAUUUGUGGGGAUAAAAAAAAGACGUUGAACUAUUAGAUGAACAAUAUAUUGAAUUAAUAGAAUUGAACAUUUUCGUGGGAUGUCAUAUGGCAAACUGUUAUUGUCCAUCCCUUGUUGCUGUUGAGAAGGUGGUGGUGAGCUGCUGUUGAUCCACCGUGCCAUUCAGGAAGAAAUUCCAGGAUUUUGACCUUGCAAAAAUGAAGGAUUGAUGAUAUGUUUCCAAGUCAGGAUGGUGAUUAGCUUGAAGGGGAACUUGCAAGGGCUGGUCUUCCUGUGUGUCUACUGCCCUUCUUGUUGGUAGCAGUUGUGGAUUUGGAAGGUGCUGCCUAAGGAACCUUGGUGAAUUUCUGCAAUGCAUCCUGUAGCUAGUACAUACUGCUGCUGCAGAGUGUUGCUGGUGGAGGGAGUGAAUGUUUGUGGAUGUGACGCCAAUCAAGCGGCUGCUUUGUCUAGGUGGUGUCAAUCUCUUCUUGAGUGCUGCUGGAGCUGUACUCAUCUAGGUAAGUGGCGAGUCUUCCCUCACACUCCUGACUUGUGCCUUUGUAGAUGGUGGACAGGCUUUUACUAAUCAAAGAUUCCGAGCCUCCGACCUGCUCAGGUAACCAUAAUAUCUAUGUGGCUAGUCCGAGUUCAGUUUCUAACCAGUGGUAUCUUUCAAGAUGUUGAUAAUGAGUAUACUUAGUAAUGGUAAUAGCAUUGAAUGUCAAAGGGAAAUAGUUUGAAUAUCUCUUUUUGGAGAUGGUUAUUACCUGGUAAUUGUGUGAAUGUCACUGGUAAUUUAUCAACCCAAGCCUGGACAUUGUCAAAACUUACUGCAUUUGAACACGGGCUACUUCAGAAUUUAAGGAGUCAUUUGCACAUCAUUGGCAUUCAUCAGCAAAUAGAAAACACAUCUCUCAAAAUCUGGAAUGAUGAUCAGACCUUUUCUUGGAAAAGCAAGCUUCCUUCGUCAAAAUUUCACUUGAUUGUAAAAUGGAAACCAAAAGAACUGCGGAUGCUGUAAAUCAGGAAAAAAACAAAGUUGCUGGAAAAGCUCAGCAGGUCUGGCAGCAUCUGUAGAGGAGAAAACAGAGUUAACG